CGCCGUCCCUGCACCGGCAUGCAACCCAACGACAUGCAAUGAGUAAAGAUAACCAUCAAGACUCUUUCGCGCUGGCGCCUCGCAUCCGGGACGUCAGACCCCAUACGCCGCCUGCCAGCCCAGCGCCCCUCGACGUUGACAGCGACACAAAUUCGCGCUCGCCGCCCGCAUCUCCCUCGUCCUCGGCUCAUCCCUCCCCACUGAAAGCAAAGACAAAGCCUACCGAACCCCUCGACGAAACCUUGCGCGACGUCCUUACAAGGCUACGAGCCCUCCAUCGCGGUUUCGGAGAGAGCGAGGCUGUCCGUGCCGAGCUCUCGGGCGCCCAGUAUCGCGCUCUACAGCAUGCCAUUGCUGCAGACCAAGGCCUCGCUGGGUGGUUUUCGGACAAGGCCAGGAGUGCAUGGACGGAGCGGAAGACCAAGGCUGGUCUCUUCGUUGUCCACAUGCCGACACCAAUACACGACGAGUUCGCUGACUCCCUGAACCGCGCUAUCGCAAGCAAGAUUGAUGAGGAAAUCAAACAUGCGAGGGGAGAAGGGAAAGCCACAAGGGCGGAGCUCAUGAGUAAAAUUAAGAGCCGGACGACGUCGUGGACGAAGCUGGAUGCUGCCGGCAGUUACAGAGAUCCCGAUGCCGGAUUCUCUUUCCGUGGGAAUGCUAUCCGUAUGGUGGCCAUCGAAAUCGCGUACGCCCAUAAUCCCUCACCCGCCGAUGUAGCUGCCGAGUACAUAAAAGCUGGUACACAUGCGGUUAUCAUGGCAGACCUGCAAUACCACAGUCCCGGCGAGCGAGCCUCCGCACCACCGACGUCUGGCUUUUACUGGAUAUAUCGCCGUGUACGCACGCGGAAGACCAAUGGCCGCUUCCGCAUACACUCUCGAUGCGUCGUUGAUAGGCAACCGUUCCUCCGCGAUAUCGGCCAGCCGAAUGCUGAGGUGGUAGACGGUUCCAUGCAGCUCCGUCUCUCGGACUUCUGUCCGACCGACCGCCUGCAGCCCGACUCGCAGGACGACCUCACGAUUGAAAUAUCACACGGCCAGCUAGCAUCCUGCCUUCACGAAGCCGAAGAGGAGCAGAAGCUUUAUGACUCCCACAAACCCGGUCUUGCAUCGGAUGAGGACUGGGAAUCGGAUCACGUCCCCGGUCGUCGCAUGGCGUCCGCCCUGGAUUCGGAUGAAGCAGAGUCUGAACUAUCUUCACAGCCAUCGGAUGGCGGAAGUGAUUGGACUCCUGCUGCAGCCAGGAGUAAGAAGGUGAAGACUUGAGCCCCAAUCAAACCGGAGUCACACCCUACACCAAACUCCUACCUAGCUCGAGGCCACGACGCUCAAACGUCACGAUAUCUUUCCGGGAGUAAUGAGGUGCAUGUAUGGAGGUAAGAGUUCCAUGGUUGGGCAGGACGUGAAAUGGCGUUAGACAUGGGCACAGAAACAAUGAUGCACUAUCAGCAUUAGAGACAUUGCGGACAAUAAUACCCUUCAUAUGCGCUACGCUUCCAUGUUUUCAGCUCCUAGUCUGUUCUUAGUCCUUCAAGACUUAUUCUUGGUCACUACUGCCCCUACUUUGCCCUCCACUUCCCCACCGAUCCCUCCAAAAGGUCAUGCAUCUCCACGUCUGCAUAUCCAAUCCGCCUCUCAACCCACAAAUUUAGUACACAAAAUAACAGCAGCAUAGUUCUACAUAUAAAACGGGCGUGGUAAAGAGAUAGUUGCAACAUUUAGCGCCUUCGCGAUUUAAACCUCGUCAACAUUGAGGUGG